AUUCACCCAUGCCAUCAUCACCAACAGUGUUCGACCCAGAACACUUCGACAACGCCGAGCGAGAAGUACGAAGGCAGCGACAACUCGCCUACGAGCAGGCAGAGGCAGACAGGCUCGCCAAUGGGAAACUAAGGAUAGCAAUCGUCACCGAGAACUUGAUGCCAAAGGUGGACGGUGUUACUCGGACGCUGGCGAGGCUACUCGCACAUCUCAAAGAGCAGGGACACGAGGCUGUCGUCCUCGGUCCCAAAAGCGGCAUGUCACAUUACGAGACGCACCCGCUCAUCGGCACCGCCGGGAUACCCCUCGUUGUCUACCCUGGACUCAAGCUCAACUUCCUGCGCCCUUUCUUCCUCAGCACCAUAUCCAAGAUAAACCCCGACGUCGUACAUUUUGUAGACCCGAUCUGGCUCGGUGCCCAGGUGCUUAUGGCUAUGGAAGUUGGCUGGUGUGGGAGCGACUGGUCCGGCGAGGAUGCGGGUCUCGCCAGCCUCGGCACGGGGCUAGGCGGCGCACCAGUCGUCGCGAGCUAUCAUACCAAUCUCCCGACAUACGCGACCCUCUUCGGUAUCGCCUGGCUCGAACCGAUCAUGUGGAAGUUCACCCGCUGGCUACACGCAAAGACGCUUCUUACUGCCUGCCCGUCCCCGUCCACCGCUACGAUGCUCGAAGGGCAGGGAUUCAAGAACGUCCGUUUGUGGCAGCGCGGUGUCGACCAACAACUGUUCAACCCGUACCGCCGGUCUGAGAAGCUUCGUGAGAGAUGGGGCGUCCAGCCAUCACCUAAGAAGACUCAGAGCGCUAGCCCACUUGCGCACCUCGAUCCGGCAGCAGCGAUGCUCACUCCCCCUCCAUCUCCGGAUCUGCUCCCCGUUGGCUCUCUCCCGCCUAAGCGCACUGAUACCCCUGUGGUGCUGUACGUUGGCAGAGUUUCGUGGGAGAAGAACCUCCUGCUUCUGGUCCGUUCUUUCGGUCUCAUGCUCGAGUCCCUCUCGGCUCAGGACGCAAAGCCCAUCCUCAUCCUUGUCGGCGAUGGACCGGCGCGCCAGCCGCUCGAAGAGGAAUGUAAGCGCCUCGGCAUCGACGCGGUCUUCAUGGGGCAUAUCACCGGUGUCAGGCUAGCGGAAUGCUAUGCCAGUGCGGAUAUCUUCGCGUUCCCGUCAUUUACGGAAACCUUCGGUCAGGUAGUGCUCGAAGCGCUCGCUUCUGGCCUCCCAGUAGUGGGGCUAGACGCCGAAGGCACGCGCGAUCUGGUGGUACACGAGCGUACCGGGCUCCUCCUGCCUAUGCCAACCCAAUCCCCUUCUCUGGUGUCCGGCGAGCCGCAGCCAGCACCAGAAUGGCGCACCCUACUCACUCCUCCCACAUCCGUCGCUUUCACCCAAUCCGUAACGACGUACGCCUCCCUCCUAAAGCAGCUCGUCACUUCCCCAAGGAAAAGGGAAGAGAUGGCCCGCCGCGCUUCUACAGAGGGAGUCAGGGGCCGCACAUGGCCCGACGCGAUGGAAGCGAUGGUACAGUGUUAUAGGGAAGCGAUCCGGGUCUCACGCGCUCAGAGACCGCCGAAGCAGAGGAACCCGGUGCCUUUGCCCGACGUGCACGAGAGCUUGAGGAAACGGAAUCCCCGCAGUCGGGAACUUGGAGUGCUGCUUCUGAUAUGUUUCAUAAGCUCUGUCAUUGGCGUAUGGGUCUCAUCAGGUCCUAUGCGUCGCUAGCACACGCAGUCGAUAGUCAGCAGUCAAUGGUCAAGGGUUGUUGGGGUACAGGGCCGGCAACACUGCAUAGACAAUACGAUGUCAAACUCGCUUUCUCUCUCUCUCUCUCUCUCUUGCGAGUAUUUUUCUCAGUCUUUUCCUCUUCCUUGUUCUCUUCCUCUUCCUCCUUCGCCUCGUUCUUGUCAUCCCCUUUUUGAGUGCUCUCCUGUAGUCCGGGUCCAACUGUAUACGUUGUUGUGUUU